GCAGUGGUGCCACGCUAUUUAUGUGUGUGGUCAAUGGUGUUACUGUUUACUGUUUAGUGUUUACAUUGACGAUGCAAGUGGGAGCAAGUACAUGCCGGCUGUCAUACGAAGUUCUGUGUUUGAUAACAUGUGUGUGAUUACAUUAUGAUAUUUUUUCGUAUCGUAGUAAAUAAUAUUGAAGGCGUAGAACGAAAAAUUGGUGAAAAUGUCACUUAUAGUAGCAUGGCUAGUAACGACAGGAUUGUUUAAUAUUGUUGCGGCGUCUGUUGGCGAUAGAACCCUGUUCUAUAAAAACUGUGUUGACAGAUGUGUCGGACAAAACUGCACGAAAGAUGGCCUGGACUUCUCCACGUCAGUUCAGCCGUUCUACCAAAGAGCGCUAAAAUGGACUUGUAGGGAAGAGUGCCAAUAUAGCUGUAUGUGGCAUACAGUUGAAAACUUCUUAAGACGUAAUUGGGAUGUUCCACAGUUUCAUGGAAAAUGGCCCUUUAUACGUUUUCUUGGUGUGCAAGAACCAGCCUCCUUCAUUUUUUCUGUGAUGAAUUUUGUCUCUCAUCUUUUGAUGCUGAGGAGGUUUCACAAGGAAGUAAGGAGAGAUAGCCCAAUGUAUUGGUUCUGGCAUGUGUAUGGGGCGGUCUGCUUGAAUGCAUGGUUGUGGUCAGCAGUGUUUCAUGCAAGAGAUACAGUGCUUACUGAACAAAUGGAUUACUUUUGCGCAUUUUCAAUGGUGCUGUUUUCCUGCUAUGGUAUGCUUGUGAGGAUGGUGUCUGGGAAAAUUAAUCUGCUAACAAUGUUACUGACAGCAGUGAGUCUUCUGUUUUUCAUUCAUCAUGUUACAUACUUGACAAUGGUACACUUCGAUUAUGGCUACAACAUGAAAGCAAACAUUGUUGUAGGUAUCGUGAAUGGACUGGGAUGGUUGUUAUGGUGUACGUGGUGUCGAAAGAUGCAGCCCUAUGUUUGGCGCUGUGCUCUGUUUGUAGUGUUGGCUGGUCUCUCAUUACUACUUGAGAUUGCAGACUUCCCACCUUUGUUAUGGACGUUAGAUGCCCAUGCACUCUGGCACCUCGCCACAGUGCCACUUCCAAUAUUGUUCUACAGAUUUUUAAUUGAAGAUUGCAGACAUAUGAGGAAGUUACGAGAAAUGCCUGAAAAGCCUCAUCAGUCUUGAUUGGUGUCUUCUUUGAAUAUUGUGUAUGUUCUCUUUAAGGGGGGGGGGGGGAGGAGGCACAUUCAGAAGAGGGGAAAUUUAAAGCAAUAGUAGAUGUAAAUGCUAUUCAUGUCAUGUCAGUGCACUGACAAAGGCAAUAACUUCAUGAGUAUUAUACCAAUUACUGGUUUUAACCUCUUUUGAGAUAUUUUUCAUUUUUGUAUGUUCUUAAUGUAGUAUUACUGAGAAUAGCAGUUCUCUGUUGUGCCAUAAUGGUUAGAAGAAUGUGGUACUGUGAGGGCAUUACAGACUCUAGUCAGCAUAAGUUAUUCUGCAAAAUAUUUGACCUGUCCUCAUAUGGAAUGAUUUCCAGCCAAUUAUAUACAAAGCACUGACAAAAGCAGCAGUUGAGAAUAUCCUUGUCAAGCCAGUUGCCUUACUUAAAGUGUGUUUGGUACAAUCAUCUGUAAAAGUAAUUGAAUGUAAACAAAAACCAUCUGUUUUGGAAUUUGCGUUUGCAUGUAAUUCUAUAAUAGAAGACGAUAACUGAGAUUGUGGUAUAUGUUGAAUGUGGACAUAUUAUUUAGUUAUUAUAUUAGCUUUACAGUUAUAAAAUUAAAAACAAAUUAAAUCAUUGUUUAUUUGUAACAAUGUGCCAAAUUGA